AUGGCGCCUCGUGUGUGGUUAAUCACUGGCUGCUCUUCAGGCUUCGGGAAAGAGCUCACUCUUCAAGUUCUCAAAAGGGGUGACAAAGUCAUUGCCACUGCACGUAAUGCAGGCAGGCUCACCGCGCUGAAGGAGGCCGGAGCGGACAUUGUUGAACUCGAUGUCUCAGCAGACUUUGAAACGAUUCAGAAAGCUCUCAAGAAUUCCCAUGGAAUCUACAAGAGACUGGAUAUCCUUGUGAACAAUGCAGCUUUCGUAAAAGAGGGUACGUUCGAGGAGCUGAGCCCCGGCGAGGUGCUCGAAUCUUUCAAUACCAAUGUCUUUGGUGCCAUAAACGUCGCCCGUGCUGCAAUUCCAUAUAUGCGGGAGCAGAAAUCCGGGGUAAUAGCCAACGUUUCGAGCAUCGCUGGCUGGGACCCGCUGCCUGGCUGUGGACUAUACAGCGCCACAAAAGCAGCUCUGACUUGCAUCUCAGAGACCCUGACCCACGAGCUGGCCCCGUUCGGCAUCUCUGUCGUCUCAAUCGAGCCAGGGUACUUCAGAUCCCAGCUGUUGAAUCCAGGGCACCGGAACCAAGCGGAAAACCGACUCCCUCAUUACGAGGGAACUCCAGCGCGGGAGACGGCAGACCUGCUUGAGACAGUCAAUAAUAAGCAGCCCGGGGAUCCGGUCGCAAGAUUCCUCUCAGGCUCCCCCUGGGGCCGGACGCGAUCAGAACCAUUGGCGGGAAGUGUAGAGAAACAUUGCUGCUGCUGGAUGAGUGGAACGAAACCAUCGCAUCGACAGACCACGAUGAUGUCAAAUGAAGCUUGCUGCCGGCGGACGUUGAGAAUAUCAGAGCUAUUCGCCCUGUCGAAGGGCGCAAUGUUCCCUCCAAGCCCAGCGGCUCACUUGAAUAUCGAGGCCCUCAGUGGCAUCUGCGGCUCCAUUUCCAUUGCCUGCUGGGUCGUUGUCUUCUCGCCCCAGAUCAUAGAAAACUUCCGCCGCGGAUCUGCAGAUGGCCUUUCUCUGACCUUCUUGGUGAUCUGGUUAGCUGGAGAUGUCUUCAACAUCCUCGGCGCGGUACUCCAGGGGGUUCUCCCGACGAUGAUCAUACUCGCCGUAUAUUACACGCUCGCCGAUAUUGUCCUGUUGGGUCAAUGUUUCUACUACCGGGGCUUCACGCUGUCAGACGAGACGCACAAACAGCAGGGGAACGGCCGGGAACAAGAACAAGAGACCCCACGGCUGUCAUCAGGCCAGAGCGAAAGGACACCGCUCCUCGCAGACUCCACCGCUCAAAAUGGUGCUCAACGAACCCAGCAGCGACGCUCCACAGAUCGCCGUUCGUCCCUCGCCUCUCUGUCCUCACUGCGCGACCGCCUCGGUCACAUCGACGGCACCCAUCUCUCUCCCGCAAUGCCCCUUCUCGAACCCGCCAAACCAACGCCGCGCACCAUUCCCAAGCCAACAACUGCAAUCCAAAAGCUCAUCUGGAACGCCUUCGCCAUCGCACUCGUCUGCGCCGCAGGCGUGCUUGGUUGGUACGUUAGCUCGGAUACCGCAGCUGUUACUGAAUUGGCGCCGGAAGAGCACGGAAGGAGUGUCUCUGCUCUUCUUCUUAUUCGCGUGUAUCGGGAAUUUGACCUAUGUGCUCUCGAUAUUUGCAUACUCGCCAGUGUGUGCGGACCGCAGAGGACGCUGUCAGCCUGGUGA